ACACCGGCGCCUCCGACACCGGCCGCGCCUUCCUCCUCCUCCUUCCCUCGGCCGGAGCCGCCAUGGUGAACCUGCGGGUCUGCGCGCUGGAGUGCGAGGCGCUGCGGGGGCUGCUGCAGGAGCGCGCCGCGCAGUGCCUCGUCCUCGACUGCCGCUCCUUCUUCUCCUUCAACGCCGCGCACAUCCGCGGCUCCUGCAACGUUCGCCUCAGCACCAUCGUCCGCCGCCGCGCCAAGGGCGCCCUGGCCCUGGAGCACGUCGUCCCCAACGAGGAGCUCCGCGCCCGCCUGCGCCAGGGGCUGAUCCACACCGUGGUGCUGCUGGACGAGCGCAGCGCCGACCUGGAGCUGCCCAAGCGCGACAGCACGCUGCUGCUGGCCCUCGGCACCCUCUGCAGGGAGGCCCGCGGCGCCCGCAUCUGCUUCCUCAAGGGUGAGUGGCCCCGGGACCGCCCCGGCCCCCGCCGGCGGGGAAGCGGGGGGCGCAGCCGGCUCGGCAGUGCCGCCCGCGGGGCUCCGCUCGCCCCCCGCCCCGGCCGCGCAGCGCUCACCCGGCGCCUCUCUCUUCCCUCUGCCCCCGCAGGAGGUUACGAAGCUUUCUCGUCCGCCUGCUCCGAGCUCUGCACCAAGCCGGCCGCCCCCACCGGCCUCAGCCUGCCCCUCAGCGCCAGCAGCGCGCCCGGCAGCGCCGACUCGGGGUGCAGCUCCUGCGGCACCCCCCUCUACGACCAGGGUGGGCCGGUGGAAAUCCUGCCGUUCCUCUACUUGGGCAGCGCUUACCAUGCCUCCCGAAAAGACAUGCUGGAUGCUUUGGGGAUCACAGCGUUAAUCAAUGUCUCGGCGAACUGCCCCAACCACUUUGAAGGGCACUACCAGUAUAAAAGUAUCCCUGUGGAGGACAACCACAAGGCAGAUAUCAGCUCCUGGUUUAACGAGGCAAUUGAUUUCAUAGACUCUGUUAAAAAUGAUGGAGGAAGGGUAUUUGUGCACUGCCAGGCUGGCAUUUCCCGGUCAGCAACCAUCUGCCUUGCUUAUCUCAUGAGGACCAACAGAGUCAAACUGGAUGAAGCCUUUGAGUUUGUGAAGCAGAGAAGAAGCAUCAUCUCCCCGAACUUCAGCUUCAUGGGGCAGCUGCUUCAGUUUGAGUCGCAGGUCCUUGCCCCCAACUGCUCAGCAGAAGCUGGUAGCCCUGCUAUGUCAGUAUUGGACAGAGGAGCAUCGACCACCACCGUCUUUAACUUUCCAGUCUCCAUCCCUGUUCACACCUCGUCCAGUGCUUUAAGCUAUCUUCAGAGCCCCAUCACCACUUCCCCGAGCUGCUGAAAAGUGGGUGAAAAUAUGGUCAGAACUCAGACUUACUGUCUCAGAAGUGCAAUAACUACAGGGACAGUGUCAUCAGUCACUCAUGUUUUGUGGGGAACCAUCCAUGCAUCCUAGAACAGUGUCGUAAAUGGAGAGGAGCUCACCUGAUGCCAGAGAACUAGGUGUUACUGACUUUUCUGCUGACUUUUAAAGCCAAUAUCUGGAUGUCUACACAGAGAUCAAAGGACACUGUCUCUUCCUGAGCUGUUCCUCCUUGUCUUCUGUCUGUCCUAAGCCUGCUCCAUGUUUAGUAGCAUGCUCACCAGUAUUCCCAUUCCUGGACACUUUGAGCAACACUGAUGCUGUCCCCUUUUAUAUGACAGUCCUAUUUAUUUAUUUUUACAUUAGUGCAUUGGGGUUUUUGCCUUCACAAACCUAAAGUUUCAUUUCUAGAGAAACCAAAUACCUCAGUAUUUUUUGGUACUGUAAUCCUGUGUGUAUAUAUCUGUUGGCUCUUCUUGUUUCCCAAGCACUGACGUGAAAGCACCAGCCGAGUGCUUUUUUGAGUUGCCAGGGGUUGUAUGUUUGCUGAUUUUAUUUAUGAUGUGAAAUAAUAUAUUUCUUCUUAGGAAGACAUAGUUUUGUUACAUGAUUAUAACUUUUUUAUACAAACAGAAUAAAUUAUGAUAUUUCUAUUGA